AUGUCUAAUCGUUCUUCUCUUCAAUGCGUUGAAGCUUUUCUUCAAUGCGCUGAAGCUGCCCUUCCCACUUUCUCAUCUAUUAAAGUCUGUCAUUCUCCUCUGUCUUUGAUACAUUUUCACCGUGUUCUUCUCUUUCCACUUGCUCAUCUCUCUAAUUAUCUUUCUCUCUUCCUUGUGCUUGCUUCCCAAAUGGAUUCUUCUCCAUUUUCUAAAUUUGUUGACUUACUUAAUAGCCAACAAACCAUUUCGUUUGUUAACCUUGAAGAAACUGUCUCACAAGCUUCAUCCCAAGCUGUUGGAAACGAAGAUGGUGGUGAGACUGGUACUCGCGCAAAGACACGGCGGAAGUGGACGACUGCGGAUGAUAUUGUCCUCAUUAGCGCAUGGCUUAACACAAGCAAAGAUGCCGUGGUUAGCAAUGAGCAAAAAUCAAGCACUUUCUGGUCAAGAGUAGCAGCUUAUUACUCGGCAAGUCGUCAAGAUGGUGAGGGCGAGAGGGGAGUCCUGCAUUGCAAGCAACGUUGGCACAAGAUCAAUGAUCUUGUGUGCAAAUUCUGUGGCGCCUACGCAGCUGCAACCAGGGAGAAGACCAGCGGUCAAAAUGAGAAUGAUGUGCUAAAAUUAGCACAUCAAAUAUUCUACACGAACCAUAAGACCAAAUUCUGCCUCGAAUAUGCUUGGAAAGAGCUGAAGAACGACCAGAAGUGGUGUGAGGCAGUGUCUGCUAAAAACGAAGGAAAUGCUAAGAAAAGAAAGCCUGGAGACGGUGGAGACUCUUCAAGCUAUCAACCAACUGACAUGAAGCGUCCAGAAGGUGUAAAAGCGUCAAAGGCCCGUGGUAAGCAGUCAGUGGCUGAGGAGAAAGCGAUGAAGGAGUUUGAGACCAUGUGGUCUAUAAGAGACCAAGAUCUCACCCGGAAAGAACGCAUGUCUAAGAUGAGACUACUGGAUAGUCUGAUCGCCAAGAAAGAACCUCUUGUUGAGUAUGAAGAAGAGAUCAAGAAGAAGCUGGCUAAAGAGUUGUUCUUGUCUUAG